GCGGCUUCCUAGGUGACGGCACAACACGCCAGCUCCUGGAAGUUGGCUGGGGGCGUCCGGGAGGGUCCUUGGGACCCAGGGCUGGGGUCUGAGUGCCUCCCCACCUCUAGUACCCCCGCUGCCCGUUCUGUACCCAGAGAGAGUUGCGAUCUCUAAGCGUUCCUUAGAAUCGGGAUCCCCGGGGGCCAGGCAAGAGGGGUGUCUCCCCCAAUUCCCGCAGCCCCCUAAGGGGUCCAGUCCUGCCCUAGUAGGGCCGACGAUCUCUCAGCGAGCUUUAGGUCUGUGACCAGGAAAGGAGGAAGGAGAGAGCGCUGAAUCCCCCAGCCCCCUGCCCACAGGGCAGACCCUUCAGGCCAGCCAGGAUCUCUAAGCGUCCUUUAGGCUGGUUCAGCCCGAGGAUCUCCAAGCGUGCUUGGACACGAGGAAUCUCCCUCCCAGAGACCAUGGCUUCGACCCGGGACAGCUCCUUGCUGGCCGCAGAGCUGAGGGAGGAGGCCAGAGCCGAGGCAGAGGAGGAGAACAGGGGCCUGUGUGAGCAGAUGCUGCUGCAGGCCAUGCAGAAGAUCCUGGAUGCCCAGUCACCCAUGCCCGACUCCAGGCAGAUCCAGCCCAAGCCUGGUUUCUGUGUCAAGACUCGCUCCCCAGAGGGAAAAGUUUUCAUUAAUGUCUGUCAAUCGGAUGCCAUCCCUGCCCCGGCCGAUCUCAGUGAGGAGGAGCUGCUGUGUGUGCUCGAGGGGGACCAGGCUGCCUUCCGCAUCCCCAUGAGCCUGGGAGAGCCCCAUGCCGAGCUGGACCGAGGAGGGAACGGCUGCACAGCCUAUGAUGUUGCCAUCAACAGUGACUUCUAUAAGAAGCUACGGAGUAAUGACUUCUUCUUGGAGUUUUUUGUCACGGUGGCCAUGGAAGGUUUAGAAGACAAAUAUGGGACCCAGCUGAGCCGAGAGUGGCGCCUGCUGAAAUACCGGCCCUUCCUGGGUUCCAUCUCCCAGCAGAGCAUCCGCACCCAGAGCCAGCCACGGCCUCCUGCUAUCCAGGAGCUUGGAGAUGGCACUGAGGAUCCCCCUCUGAGGCUUUGGCUAGAGGCUCCAGACCUGCUUCUGGCUGAGGUGGUCUUGCCCAAAGUGACCUCUGCUCGGGAGCUCUCACUUCAGCUUGGGGGGGACCGACUGGUCCUAGGGGCACCAGGAACCCCCUACCAUGUGGACAUCUUUGUCCCCCAUGAUAUUAACCAGGAACAGUGCCGGGCUGCCUUCAAUCAGAAGAGCAAGACCCUGAUGAUCUCCAUGCCUCUGCAGACAGCAUGCUCCUGAGAAGCAGGUUCUGGACUCCUUGGGUGGAUGUCAAGUGUGGCUAGGCUGCCUCACCUUCCCUUGACUCACUGUAAAGUAAAAGAUUUUUAUUUGGAAGAA